UUUGGCAUACUGUCUCCAACUGUUCUCAAUUCGAAAGAAUUCUUGUAAAUAAAGUGUUGUAUUUUUUGGCAUGUUUUCGAAAAAUGUAAUUUCUUUCAUAACCACUUGCAUAUAAAAUAACAUUUUCACCAAAAUUAUAAAUUUAUUUGGCAACACCGCGACUCAUUCUGACGUUUUAGUAUUGUUGGUGUCUCAAUGUUUACAAUAAUUUUAUAUUAAAAAGAACUUACCUUAUUUAUUAACAUAUUAAUAUAUAUUAAUUGCAAAUUAGUAAAAAUAAGUUAUUAUGGAUGUAAAGUUGGAAGUUGAUACAUUAUCAAUGUGUCGUAUAUGCCUACAAAAUAGUGAAGAAGGUGAAGAAAUGGCGUCUAUUUUCGACCAAGAUGCAGAUUCAAUAUGUCUGUACGAAAAAAUUGAAAGUUGUGGAGGCAUAAAGAUUCUCACCGAACCUGAACUUCCAACCCGUAUUUGUACGAAAUGUAAUGCAUUCCUUACAAUCGCACAUAAGUUUCGUAUAAUAUGCAAAAAUUCUGACGAUUAUCUGCGUGAAUUUGUUUGCAAAUCUUCUGAUGACUGCGAAGAUGAGGACAAUAAUUCAGAGUACACAAUGGAGUAUAGUCCAAAAACAUCAGUUGCACAAAGUCUGCAGCAAUCUGGUCACACUAACGACGAGGCGAUUGAUUAUGAAGAAGUGGCAGUAUACUCAGAAAUUUGGUUGCAGGAUGGUGACAAUGGGGAUGAUCUGAUUGUUGAAGACCACGGAGAUGGUUUACAGCAACUCCAAACACCUCAAAAUCAGAUUACAAAUCCCAGCCCUUCAAGGAAAACAUUAGGUAUAUCGUCGGACGGUGCGGCUAUUAUACGUGUGAGAAAUGACCGACAACCAAAUAAAGAUAAGCAAAUUCACAUAUGUGACAUCUGUGGUAAUGUGUAUCCGCGUAAGUAUGCGCUAGAGGCGCAUAUGAGGCGACAUCGUAAUGAACGACCAUAUGAAUGCGAAAUCUGUUCGCAAUCAUUUCAUCUAAAUUUUCAACUAACGCGCCAUAUCCGCAAACAUACCGGUGUGCGGCCAUAUGCGUGCCAGUAUUGCAAAAGAACAUUUGCUGAUCGAUCCACAAUGCUUAAGCAUGAGAGGAUUCAUCGCAAUGAACGGCCUUAUACAUGCGAUGUUUGUGGAAAAAGCUUUACCUAUUCCAGUGUUCUAAAAGUUCAUACGCUAACACACACGGGAGAAAAACCUUUUAUAUGCGGAAUUUGCGGUAAACGAUUUUCUCGUGCUCAUCACCUGCGAGCACAUUUGGAAACGCUAUUGCAUCAGAGUGAUCCUCGUUCCAAAAUACUGCUCAAGCAAAUCAAACGUGAAGAAAGUCUAGGAAACGUAUGUGAAGAAUUACUAAAUUCGUAAUAAAAACUUGUCAAGACAUUGACAUUGGCUACUAAGUGUAGAGAUUAUUUACUGUAAAACAUUUCAUUUUCAAGUUGAACCAUGGCAAAUUGUAUGCGAAGACAGCCUAUGGUAAAUAUUUGUAAAAUGAUCUUGGGUCGCAAAAAUGAUUAAAUAAUUUUGCUUGUCUGAAUCAACUGUUUCUAAAGCUAAAAAAAAAAAAUUUGAAUUGUACCACUCGAUCAUUUUAAAAAUAGUUAGUACGAUUGUAUUAUUACAAUUUAUUUUUUUUUUUUUACAGUUAAGCUAUAUAUGAAUAUUAAAGAAACAGUAAAAUAUUCAGCAAAAUCUUUAUUAUAUGAAUGUUGGCAUAAAAGAUCACACUGUGGUUUCCACGUUUUGUAAAGGAUUUGUCACUAUCAUAGUCAACUAUUAACGAAAAUGAUUACAUUUAUUAAAUUACACACUGAAUAUUCACUUUUAUUGUAUCAAAUAUACAGAAAUUCAUUGGGCAAAAUUAAGGAUAGACUUUGUUGUUAAAAGUGCAAAACAGUAAUAAUUUUCCAUUACGUUUUGCUUCUAGAAUGUAAAAAAAUCAAAUGAAAUAAAUAUCCCAAUUAAGUUUAUUUUUUUAACUAAAAAUUAAAUAACAAAACAUACGCGUUUAUUGUCCAUAAGUUGUACGCAAACGCUUUAAUUACAUAAUAAGAAUGGAUAAAUUAAAUAACCAGGAUAUGAAAGAGUACUGUUCCAUUCAGUUCUUUUUUUUUUUUGUUUUUUUUUUUUUGAAUUUCAAAUAAACUUUCCUAAUGUUAUAAUUUGUUAUUAUAAACUUGCAUCCAACUUUUUAUUACAAUAUUGAUGUUAAUAGCAUUUUCUCAUUUAAUUUCAUGUUUUCGUUUUAUAACUACUGAAUUUUAUGUUUUCUGUUAUAUAUUUUGUUUGAUUUGCACAGCAAAGAAAAACACGGUUGUAAGUGGCAACGACCAUCGUUAGAAAUCUACUUGCUCAACAUACGCAUUUUAUCUUUGAUUAAAUUCCGGAGUUCCGAAACCAUAAGCUCAUGAGAUUCCUUAAAUAUUGAAGCGACAUCACCAAUGAGAGUUGCUUCUACUUCUGGCUUAAGCGACAUAUCCGCCAUAAAAGAGUUUAGUUCACGAGCUAAAGUCGGUGUUUUCCAUUUAGCUGCAGAAAAACAGAAAGCAACGUUUUUUGAAAUAAACUUAAUGAUCUUAAUUAGCUAUUUAAAAUUAUUUGAAACAUAUACAAAAUGUACGUACUUAUGGCUGCUUCGCAACUCUGAAAUUGUUUUCUCAUAUGACGCAUUAACUCGAUCAGUAGUUGGCUGCGUUCCUUCUCAUUUAUGAUAUUGAAGUCACUAUUGCUUUCCUGACCAGUCUUUCUUCGGGGUUUGGUCUUAACAGGUUGUUGUAAUUUUUCGUAUAUAACCGACAAUACAAAAGCGUAUAACGACAAUAUCUAGAAUAAUCAUAACAAAUUAGUUGAAGGCGCUUUUUUUUUCUUUUUAGACACACACUAACUUCUAAACACGCAGCCACCUUAUUCUGCCAUUCGCGUCUACGCCAAAGACCAUCCGCCGCUGAGUCACUUUCCGUUAUAACUUGUACACAUAGUUGUACAAUUUUAGUCGCAUUGUCGCUAACCACUUUACAUUGAAUUGGCAAAUUACUCGCUCCGCUGUAUAGUUCCAGAACAAGCUGUGCGAGCGAACUGAAGAACUCUUCAUAUGGCACUUCAAGUAACAGAUGCAGUCUAGUUGGUAAUAAAUUGACUAGAAAACGAUUUGACAGUGGCUUGUAGUUCAUGAGACGCAGACGUUGAAAUAAUCCAGACCAUGAAUCGCGAAGCAAUUCGAUUGUGUCAAUUUCUCUUGCGCUUUCCAUAUCAUUAGAAUUGCUGUUGCUGUUUGCAUUCACGGUUUUUUGAUUCGUUUUCUUGCUAUUAAUAUUUCCAUCGAUAUUUUGUUUAUCUUCCGUUGCAUUUGCUAUGUCUAAAUUCGGUUUUUGGUGGAAAAUGUCGACAAACGAUGCUACUAAACGCAACAGAAGUUGGCGUAUUUGCAACACUUCCACUUCUUGAUCAAACGAUUCUUUGCGUUCUUCGUCAACAUUAACCAAAUGCACCGGGUCCCAGCGUAUCAGAGCGCCCAAAUCGCGAUUGUCCGAUAAUUCAUGCCAUGAAAUACGAUCCUCAGCAGGCUCAAUGCUCAUAGCUGUAUAUGCUGCUAGAUUUUGUCGCACAUUACCAUAUAACAUAACCAAAUCACACAAUUGCGCCUCUAUAGAAGUACUGACAUAGUGAAUGCUAUUUGUAAGUCGUUCUUUAAAAUUCAUAAACUCUUCAAGUUUAGAGAAUGUACAAAACCGAUAUGUCAAUGUAAUAUACUCUAAGCGUUCCUUGUAGCUGUUGGUGAAAAACUUCAAUGUCGCGUCAAAAACUGUGCGUGCCAUAGAGAAACGACCACACAAUGGCAAUAAAUUGCAAUGAAUGUAACUCAUCGAGUCGAGCUGUAUUUGCUUGAUAUCCAAGUAAUCGUACAUUUCUUGUGCGCCCAACAUACAACCGAACAUAUGAUAUAUCUUUAGGCUAAGCAAUUUUACAUGGAAAUUACUGGUGCUAUUACGCAGUACAUAUUGUAAAAGACAUAGCGCUUCGAAAAUUCGAUCCGAUCUUUGUUCUCUCAAGCUUACAUCAUACAUUACAUUUGCGGCCAAUAGCGCGUACGGAUCAGAUGGACCCAUAUCGGUGUGUAGUAAAUUCUUACCAAAAGAACUUAAACCGUGUUCGUAGUGCAAUUUUAGGGCAGUGUAAAAUGCAAGUAAAUGUUCCGUUUGUAAAUCUAAAUGUGAACCACAAAUGCGUGAAAUCUGUAAAGCACAGAUGUGCUUUUGCAUUUGUUCUUUCUAAAUUAUCACACGAAAAACGGAACGGUUUUGAAAUUUCAUUGCAAAAAAAAACAGUUUGUUUAUCAUUAAAUUACUUACAUCUUGUGGUAAUGUAGUGGAACUAAUUCCACUCUCCAGUAACAGCUUACUAGCUAGCUGCUGACGACCUUCCAUACUAAUGGAGGGCAGGAAGAGCGCAAUAUCGUGAGUGCAACAAGGUUUGUCGCCAAAGAGCCGAAAAUAUUCAUUUAUUAAUACAGAAAAGUCACCAAGUAAAGCUUCUGCAUCCAUACUUUGUGCACGCAUCCGCUUAUGUAGUUCCAAGCGGGCUAAAUACGGUCCACGUACUUUGCGUUCAGCGGAUUCGAUCAUCUGUAGAGUUAGUAAAACAAGUAUAGGAAUUUUGAAUAAAAUAAACAAAAGAUUUGUCAACUAUUUAUUAAUAAAAUACAUAGAUAACAUACCUGGCAAAGAAA